GUUUCGGCUUUGCUGGUUAUACUCCUUCCACGGUUUUCCCUUGAAGCUCCGGUGAACAAGCGGGAAGUGUCUGCGAGAACAAAAGAUGUUUUACUAUCAAUGUAUCAUGUCUGCAUCUCGAAAACAAAGUUAAUGGAUUUGACUCGAGAGACGAAAGAGGCCUAUGUAAGUGUCCAAAAAAAUAUCUUUAAACUUUGCAUUUGUUUACACGCAUUUACCAUUACAUAAUCGACCUUAAAGCGAUAAAUUUUACCAAACAGGAUUCAUCCACCGGUGUAAUGUAAUAUUGAUGUUAGAGUCGACCACAUAAAUGAUGUCAAAAUGUCUAUAAAGUUUAAUAACUCAAGUGGAACCACGAGUAGCAGGCGAGUUGUCACACGGCAAAGUUUUGAACAUUUUGCAUUACUAGACAUUUUUUUCUCCCAACAGACCGUAUUAAAGAUCAUUUGACCUAAGGAAACGACAGGAUCUGGGAGCGAGUAGUCUAAGGUCUAUGUCGUAUUUCCUUAUCCGGGACCUGACUCAACUUACCAACCGAUCAGCUAAAUUCUCGUUCAAGAACGCACGUUGAGUUUAGGCUGCGGUCUUACUGUCGUCGAAAGCAACAAGCAAACAUAAAAACAAAAUUCAAACGAAAACAAUAGUUAAUGAAAUAUUAAACAUUUUGUUUCAUUCUUGUUCUCGUUUAGGCGAAAGAACACUUUGGGGACCGUUUGGAGUCCAGACAGGUUGACAUCAAUGGAAUUGAACCACUGAGCAACUAUCAGGAAAUGACAGUAAGUUUCUUUUAGUGAUCCACUUGUUUUCAGUUAUAAUGUUUUUUAGUUGAAAAUAUGUUCCUCCUCAUUUAAUUUGUCACCGUACUUUUAUAUUGAGGUGACUCCUGAUUCAGUGGGUGUAUAAGGAAUUAUCGGAGUUAUUAGCUCUUAGGCCCGGUUCAGACGCCGAACUUUUUAUGAGCCGAACCUUAUUUGAAUUGAGGAUUAGACCGGCUAAAUUGAUUCAGAUGCCGAUCUUAAUUCCCGCCGAACUAAAUUCAGAAGGCGAAAAACGUGCAUUUCGGUCAAACUGCUUACACAAUACGUUAUAAGAAUUGAUUUAUUAGGUUCGGUACAUGAAAAGUUCGGCGUCUGAAUCACAGACGUAAAUUGAAACAGGCGUUCCUAAUUGAUUCAGACGCCGAACUUUUCAUGUACUUAAUUCAAUGUAUUAGGUUCGGCUCAUGAAAAGUACGGUGCCUGAACCGGGCCUAAGAGGCAAUAACGACCUCCCAAGUUUGAGCAUUUACCUCAACGCCAGCAUUAACACAGUAUUUGUUAAAAAAAGGUCACCAUUAAGAUGAAGUUGCUGUUUGUCAUAAAAUUUAAAAACUAUUGACGUCGAGUUUUCAAAGCAAUGUUAUUGCCUAUUUGGUAAUUACGAUCAUAUUUCGUUUACCACCCCAUUAAUAGUAUAAUUUGAAAAAAAUCAUGGGGCCCUUUUUAUCUUUAUUAAGAGCUCAAGGGAAUAGCUCAGUUUAGCCGAUAUCGAAAGGCAAAAGGCCCUUGCCUUUUGAAUUUUCCUCCAGCACUAAGUACGGCAUACAGUCUAUUAAGUCCUUUUGAGUCCAUCUUCUGAAUUACUCUCACAAAAUGUGUUCCUUAUUACUUUCAGGUACGGCUGUUUGUUUCAAAAGUAUUCAAACAACUCUCCAUAUUUCACGCGAUCUUCGAAGACCUUUUGGGCCACUUGAAUCAGAUUAACGAGAAGCACAAGAUCGUGAAGAAGAUCGAGGCUAUGAAUAAAGAGAUGAAAGAGCUGAAACGGCUGGCAAAAAUCGCUGCGGUAAGUGAUUCAUUUACAAUCAUUUUAGCUUAAUUUGACUGUUUGUCAUUAUUUAUAUGUUUCAAAUUCGCUCAGUCUCUGACUUGCAUCCUUCCAAUCUUCCUCCGCACGCAUUUUUAUCUCGCUUCCCUUGUACGUAAAUAAGGACCUUUAGAUUCUAAGACGAAGACGACUACGAGUACGAGGUUUUCUCAAUUCUGAGUAGUGCUUGCGCGUGAAUCAGCGUCAUCUUGGCGGGAAAACGCGGUGGCCUUUCUACUACGGUUUUAGCCAGAAUGUCAUGAUUGCAAACACUAUAAUUUUUAUCAUUUUACGAUGAAAAAAAGGGCUUAGUCCUGCUUUAAUACAGAUUACCGUGCUAAUUUUUCUGGUGAAUAACAGUACAAUGAGGCAUUCCGGGAUAUCUAUUUUUUUUGAGAAUACGUAAACUUUGUUAGGCUGAAUCUCGUCCUGCAAUCUAAGGGUGUCCAAUAGAGCUAAUCCCUAUCAGAAGCGGAAUCGCACUCAAAACCCAUUGCGACUACCCUGUUAAUACAAACACCACCUGUUAAUUAGUAUCUCUAGUCGAUAACGUUCCCACAUUUUUUGCCUAAUUGAUACGACAGACGGCAAAUGACUUCUGGGAAAACCGAAAUAAUCCAUUCAUUAUGUAGUAAAACCCUUUAUUGAUCGUUAUGAUUAUUUCUUUAGAUUUUCGAGUUUGGUAAAUCCAUGGCCUAUAGCAACUCAUCAUCGGUAGCUACCUCAUUGAAGCAACAAAGAGCUGUUUGGACCAAGUCUGCCUUUCGACAGAAAACCUGGAUACUUGGAGUUUUAAGAGAGUUUGAUAUCUGCUUACGCUAUCUGCAGCCGGCGUUUUUGGAGUUUUCAAUGUGA